GCGAACGUAUGGCAGCGGGCUGGAGAAAAGCUUGCAGACUUCUGUUCCUGCUGCAGAAAAAUCAAAGAUGUAUCUCUCUCGGUUUAAUUUGUGGUAUUCAGAAUUUCAACAAGAUUGUGAAAAAUUCCUUCCAGUUCUCUACUGUGGUCCAAUGUCAAAAAGGUGGCAUGAGUGAUCAACUCCAGAUAUCAACUGAUCUGGGGCUCUUCAAGCCCCCUUUUACAGUCCGUGGGAUGACCAAACUGGACCGAAACGCUUUCAGCCAGACAGUCAGUGUUCCUGCCAUAUGGAUACCAACCAGUGUUCUCAACAAAGUGGUGAAGAGUUUGAAGAAAGUGGCACUACAGAGGCCAGGACUCAAGCGGGUUGUGGAAGAAGAUGGCAAUAAAGAUGGAAAAGAUUGCAGUAAUGGGGAACAUCGACUGCUGUUAUUGGAUCCAAACAGCAUAACAUCAUCCGAUUCGUUUGGCAGUGAGGAGGCAAAAGCUUUGAAAGCAUUUGGGGUUCCUCAAGAGAUCCAGAGAUACAAACUGAAACUCACCUAUGAGAACCUUAAGAGUGAAGAGAUUCUGCGAGCCGUACUUCCUGAGGGACAGGACGUGACAUCAGGAUUUAGCAGAGUGGGCCACAUUGCCCACAUGAACCUUAGAGACCACCAACUUCCCUACAGAAAAUUGAUUGGUCAGGUAAUCAUAGAUAAGAACCCUGGCAUUUCCUGCGUGGUAAACAAGACCAACACCAUUGACUACACUUACAGGAACUUCCAGAUGGAGGUUUUGGCAGGAGAGAGUAACAUGGUAGCAAAGGUACGUGAGAACGGCAUGUUUUACGAGUUUAAUUUCUCGCGAGUGUACUGGAACCCUCGACUCAGCACAGAACACAAGCGCAUUGUUACUCUCCUUCAACACGCCGAUACAGUAGUCGACGUUUUUGCCGGGGUCGGUCCAUUUGCAAUCCCAGCAGCGCGUCGAGGUUGUGAGGUCCUGGCUAAUGACUUGAACCCUGAGUCCUUCCGCUGGCUCUAGCACAAUACUAAGCUCAACAAGGUCCAGCAAAUGGUAACAUGCUUUAACAUGGAUGGACGGGACUUCAUCCGGGGUCCAGUGCGAGAGUGUCUGCCCACUCUAAUGAAGAGAUCACAAAAAAUUCAUAUGGUAAUGAAUCUCCCUGCACUUGCUCUAGAGUUCCUCGAUGCUUUCAAGGGUCUAUUGGACCCAAAGCCAGAUCAGGGACACUCCUUCCAGGACAAGCUGCCUUGGGUGCAUUGCUAUGGGUUCUCAAAGGAGGAUGAUCCCCAGAAGGAUGUAGUGGAGCGGGCAGAGGCGAGUUUAAAGGUUUCCCUGCACGGACAGUGUUCUGUGCACAUGGUGAGAAAUGUGGCACCUAAUAAGGAGAUGAUGUGUGUGAGUUUUAUUCUGCCAAGAAGAGUCCUGUACAGCAAGUUCACCCAUGAUAGAGACUGCUCAGAGGAACUGUGUCCAAAGAAACAGAAGUGUGAAGAUCUAACAGACUAAAGAAUCUUAAACUAUCAGUGUUAAAUUCACUGUUGAAUAAGUUCCG